GUUUUUAAGCAGUUGCUUGAGUUGAAUAGUCCUUGAUCCAGUGAAGUGAACAUGUCUCUGCUUUGCUGCCUCAUUGUGGUGAUGGUUUUGCCCUGCGGAUAUUUCGCUCAAAUUUUGAAACAGGCUGAAACAUCCGUUACUAAAGUUCCUGGUAAAACCGGCAGAAUCAAAUGCGAAACACAAAAUAUAAAGAUCAGCAACAGUAACCCCCUUCACUGGUACCAGCAGAAACCUGGCCAGCAGCCCACUAGAGUACUCUAUUAUGGGGAAAGCACAUAUCGGGAUCCGGGAUUUGGUGCAUUGUUUAAAGCCGGGAAGAAUAGAGAGAACGAUUUCUACCUCACAAUCGACAAAGUGAAGCCAGAGGACGCGGCCACGUAUUACUGCGCGUACUGGGAUACAGGCUACGCAUAUGUGAAAGUCUUCGGCACCGGGACUAAACUCAUUGUCACAGACAAACUUGCUGUGAAACCAACAAUUCGCCUUUUCCCACCCAAUUCCACGGAAAUGAAGAGUAAGAAAAAAGCCUUGGUGGUCUGUCUCCUGACUGGAUUCUUCCCCGAGGUCAUCAGAGUUGAGUGGACAAUCGAUGGUGAGGGGAAAGCUAGAGAGGAAAGAGUGUUCACAGACCCAGUGGUGAAACAGGGGAACGAUGCUUACUCGGUGAUCAGCCGCCUGGAAGUCACCGAGCUCCAGUGGGAAAGCAAGAAUAUCAACUGCAAAGCGGACCAUGAAGGAGGCUCAGGGACUGCAAUGAUCAACAAGGACUAUAAAACCGAUAUGAAAAAACCUUCAGCUCCCACGUGUCCGCCCCCUGUUUCGGAAGCAGCAGAGAACGCGUCUGAAGUGCUAUCGGAACCGCCUUUGAACGCGCUGCAGGUAGCUACCUUUACAUACACACUGCUGUUAAUGAAGAGCGUGGUUUACUGCGGCAUCAUCUCCUUCGUCCUUUACAGGGUGGAGUACCGUGACACCAAGAAGCCACUUUAACCGGUACCCAUUGACCUCUGUUUUAAGAUUUUGAUCUAUUUGGCUCCCUUUGCCUGUUUCUACCCAGAGAUUAUACUCAAUGUUGUCAGUUUAGGAACAGUUUACAACUGUCAGGAGAGGGGUUUAUCUUCGGGUUCGUGUGUGGAUAAUGAUCAGACUGUCUUCAGAUAAUUAACUCUGUGUUCAUCAAAUUAAUGUGUUGUUUCUGUAGCCUUAGUUGAUUUUUAAGUGUUUGUUACUGUCCAAUCCAAUGCUGCCUUUUUUGAAUAAUUUGCUACAAUUAAAUUGUUAUAAUUCUCUUGUAACUUUACGUUAUAAAUUCUGCAAAUUUGACAAUAAUAAAACAUCUUUCAAACGUA